CAUGCCUGUCACUCACUUCUGUUGGGACGAGUGAAAAGAUCUGCAGCAGAGGAGCUGCAAAACAACUGGUACAUAUUAACAUUAGCAGGUGCGAGUGAGAUCAUGGCCUCCAAGCUGAGCGUGCUGCUGCUGGUACUGACUGUCUCCACCUUGACGGUGCUGGCCCAGAGGCGACGCCCGGCGUCCAAAACCACCGACGAAUGGAACUUCAAGGAAGGCUCUGACAGGGUGAACAUGCGCAAUGUGGCCAACCUGACCGAGGUUCUGGACAACUGGCGGUUCGACAUCAUCAACCAGAUGAAAGGGCUCCUGCAGAAUGACCACCAGUCUCUCCUGCCAGACUACGCCAGGAUCCAGCCGCUGUCUGAGGCCUUAGACGACCUCUUCAAAGAGUUCAACGCCCUCAAGACUCGUCUGGGCGAUCUGACCGAUAAGUUCACCGCCAUAGAAACUUUUAUCGAUGAGGUCAAAACCAGCCGCGCAACCAGCUCCAGCGCCAACACCAACGCCAACACCAACCCGAACACCAGCACCAGCACCAACCCCAACACUGGCGCUGCCGUGGCUCCAGUCGUCAGACAGAGGCGGGUGAUGAGGAAAAAGGCCCCCGCCUCGUCCUAACCGGACGGCUACGACGAGGCUUUUCCUCUCUGACGUUUGCUUCUCAGGCUGUUUGUGUCUGAAGCUAAUCUUCCUUUAUUCUUUUUAGCAGGCUUUACAAUAUUAUGAGUUUCUGCAUAGCUCAGCUUUUUAUAGGGAGAUCUAACAUCUCUCACUCUCAUUUGAAAAUUCACAAAAAUGCUAAAUCAGCCAUUAUUCGCUAAUCAAUGCAAUUAGUCGACAGAGAAACUAAACAAAUGUGCUCUAUGCACUGAGUUUUAAAUUUUAUUUUAUUCAGAACCUCUUCAUCAUCUUUAUCAUCAGGUGAGAUCUCACCUGCAUGGGUGUAUUAACCUCUUUAGGGUCCCCGGAGCCCUCGGCCUGGAGCUUUCUGCUCACCUCCAUUAUACCUGUCAGUUUUCUAAUUUCCUCAAAGCCAAGCAGAGCUCACAUGUCAAAUUAAAACAAAACUCUAAUAAAUGACCAGCUAGCUGCUUCUUCACGUGUUAUUCUGGUGCCUAAAGAACAAAAAUGGGCUGUUUUUAAACACAUUAUAAAAGAACACAAUGGCCUGACCUGAUGACAGUGAAAGUAACUGCUGCUUGCAGGUGGUUGAGGUUUUCUUUGUGUAGAUUAUUUUUAAAAUGAAAGAAAAAGCAAAGCUCACCUGAAAGCAGAAUCUCGAGAUCCAGAAGGAUACCUGAUCAGUUUUUGUCUUUGAGAACAUCACAACAACACCUUCCACUUUUUAUUUUGUAUUGAUGACGACUGUCCUUUCUUGCCGUGAUAAAGAAUCAAAGAAUCCUCCUAAAAUUCCUGGUUCCAGAUCCGGAGCAACUCCGAGUAUCAGCCCAUGUCUGUGCCUAACCUGUUCUGCACAGGUUAAGAUCAGGUUUGAAGAUACAGUUUGGUGAAUAAACUGAAUACUCAGGGAUUCUGGCAUUUUACUAAAAUAUCAUCAAUGAUUGGACACAAAAGUCUAACCCCCCAAAAUCAUCAAGAUAAUGCUGCCUUAUUCAAGCCUUCCUGUGUCUGCACUCUGUUUGCUUAUUGUACAAACAUGCUUACUGGUUUGUACCUAUUGCUGCAUUGUAUAACCUGCAA